GAUAUGUUGUUCACGCGAACUUAUUCUUAUGGUUCGAUACAAUUAUACACGUGAUACAUCAUGAGCCAAUUUACACAUUCAAUAAAAGUGCCCACCCAAUAUAAGGCAACGGCCAAAAUAUUAAAAACUGCAAUUGAGAAACAAAAAUCAGUUAAAUCUUUAAUAUUUGAAGAAAAGCAUGCGCGCGUACGAAGUCUGCAAGCGGUGCUAAGACAUUACAGCGACAACAGAGGAGCUAUUGACAACGCUAUUGAAGAGACUGGUCUGCUGAAAGAAAAUCCUAAGUUGGACUCAGCACUAGCGAAAGUGCUAGUUACGGAGCUAAUUUUCGGACGCGGACAACUUAACGGGGAAAGCAGGCCGGUGCAAACAGUACGCUCGUUCAAAGAACGGUUGGAACAGGCAAUUAGCGGAUCAGAAAACCAGAAGAAAGAGCCCAAUCCACGCUAUGUACGCAUCAAUACGAAUCUGCUCAGUAUUGCCGAUGCCCUGGAGUACUUGUAUGGCGAGGAGUGGCGUCGUAAACAAUUGGCCGCCGACGUAACAUAUGCUGAUUUUUUGGUAGCCAUUCGAGCACUAGAGGAGGACGAGUUUUUGAUGGACAUACAUGUCGAAGGGGUGCUGAUAUUCCAUUCCAAAUGGAAUCAUUACUGGGCCUCCCAUGAAUAUGUCCGUACCAAAAAGUUCAUAUUGCAAAACAAGGCCACAUGCUUAGCUGCCGAGCUGCUAGCCCCUCCAGUUGGGUCAACUGUACUAGAUAUGUGCGCAGCUCCAGGCAUGAAAACACUGCAUAUUUGCAAUGUUAUGCAUAACCAAGGACGCAUUUAUGCCGUGGAGCAAUCCAAAGAUCGCUACAGAGCCUUGUGUGAUAUUACGAAUGAGGCAGGCUGUCAGAUAGUCACCCCCAUAUUGGGCGAUACACUUACUAUAGAUGGAACAAAAUGCCCAGACGUCGAGUAUAUUUUAGUAGAUCCCAGUUGCUCAGGUAAUGGUAUGCAAAGUCGCAUCAGCGUCUGUGACGAACAGAAGGACGACAAACGUCUAUAUAAACUGGCUGGGCUACAGAUUAAGAUUUUGUCCCAUGCCAUGAGCUCGUUUCCAAAUGUCAAACGUAUUGUCUACUGCACUUGCUCUCUUUGGAAGGAGGAGAAUGAACAAGUAGUUCAGCGUUGUCUCGAGUUGAAUCCUUCAUUCAAGCUUCUUAGUUGCAAAAAAGCCCUGCGGAAUAAAUGGCAGAACGUGGGCGACAAGGAAUAUGUUAAAGUUGGCAAGAAUUGUUUGUAUUGUCUGCCUGAUCAGGAUCUUACCGAUGGAAUCUUUUUGGCGAUGUUCGAAAAACGUCAGGAUAAUGACAAUGAAUAAGUCAAUUGAAAAAAAGCAUAGUUAAAGAAUGUCUUUAUUUGACUCUUUUUGUGGUUAGUUUCGACUUCAAUGCAAAUAAACUUUUAUACUUAAUUAAU